AUGGAUACAGACUGUGUAAAGUUUGACUUCGAUUUCAUGCAUAGAAACACCUUGAUUGCAAUUGUUGCUGCCUUGAAAUCAUUCGUAGGGGCAUUUAAUUUCUUCAGGUUGAGAAGAGCAUUUGAACAAUGUUGGAAGUACGUGCAUUCAAGUCAGUACCACUACCUUUCAACCAUGACGAAGAUGAAGAUAAGACCUGUAAAAUAUCGAGUUACUAAAGAUCUCCAAGCAAUUUUCCCACUAUACAGCUUGUUUGCGUAUAUUGUCCUGCACAUGCUCAUGUAUGCUGCCAAUAUAUAUUACUGGAGGCGGUUCCGAGUCAACUAUUCCUUCAUAUUUGGUUUCAAGCAAGGAACAGAGUUGGGUUAUCGACAAGUUCUACUUGUGGGUUUUGGUAUAUCGGUACUUGCGCUAUUGACUGUGAUUGGCAACCUGGAUAUGGAGAUAGACCCCCUAUCAAAAGAUUACGAUGGAUUGACAGAAUAUCUGCCUUUGAUCUUGGUUUUGGUUCUGCUUGUUGCAUUGUUGUUUCCAUUCAACAUCUUGUAUCGCUCAAGUCGCUUCUUCUUCUUAGUAUGUUUAUUCCACUGUAUUGCUGCUCCUCUCUACAAGGUCACACUCCCAGAUUUCUUCUUGGCAGAUCAGUUUACUAGCCAGGUGCAAGCCCUAAGAAGUUUGGAGUUCUACAUUUGCUACUAUGGAUGGGGAGACGUUAGACACCGCACGAACUACUGCAGUAAAAGCACAGUAUUCAACACUUUUAACUUCAUCGUUGCAGUGAUUCCAUACAUGUCUCGCUUUCUGCAGUGUCUUCGACGCCUUUUCGAGGAGAAAGAUCCAAUGCAUGGAUACAAUGGCAUCAAAUAUUUCCUGACAAUUAUAGCGGUUUGCAUGAGGACUGCUUUGAGUCUUGACGGGGGAAAGGGUUGGGAAGUAUUGGCCUGGACUUUCUCAGUUCUUGCAGCAAUAUUUGGUACAUACUGGGACCUUGUUUUUGACUGGGGGCUUCUUAACCGCCAUUCAAAGAACCGUUGGUUGAGAGACAAGCUCCUUGUUCCUGAAAAGAGUGUAUAUUUCAUUGCCAUGAUAUUGAACGUUCUUCUGAGAUUCGCAUGGAUACAGACAGUGGUUAAGUUUGACUUCAAUUUCAUGCAUAGAAACACCUUGAUUGCAACUACAGCCUGCCUUGAAAUCAUUCGUAGAGGCAUAUGGAGUUUCUUCAGGUUGGAGAAUGAGCAUUUGAACAACGUUGGAAAGUUCCGUGCAUUCAAGUCAGUGCAACUACCUUUCAGUUAUGAUGAAGAUGAAGAUAAAGACCUAUAAAAAGUACCGAGUAACCGACGGCAUCGGCAGAUAUGUCAAAAACGAAUCAUCAUACCUAUUUAAGCAGAC